GAGAAACAGAGGGAAAGGCAGGGUCUCCCCAGCCUCUCUACAUGGGACGUAUCUUUGUGGAAACCCACCCUGUGCGUAUAUGGUGGAAUAAGUACUUCGUCCCCUACUCCUUGUACACUGGCCCCUACCCUCCCUACGCUGGGGGCGGGGGCUACCUCCUCUCCAGAGAUGCCCUCUCUCUUCUCCUCCACGCCUCCACCAGGGUACCUCUCUUCCCCAUCGAUGAUGCCUACGUCGGCAUGGUCGCACAGGCAGCUAACCUACCAGCCAGACACCAUCCUGGCUUCAUGCCUGUGGAGUACUCUCCCUCCCGCCACCCCUGUCACUACCUCAACAGUAUCAUGGUCCUCCACAAGCUGCUACCCACAGACCUGCUUCAUCUCUGGAGCUUCCGCCAGACUCAGGUGCACUCCUGUAAGGACUCUGCCCAGGAUGGGCUCACCUUGGCCAGAGCCAACUCCCCUGGUUAGGAUUGAAGGGAAAGCUGAUCCUAUACCUAGGGCAGGGGUAUCAAACGUAUUUUGCUCUGCGGGACACAGUUGGUCUUCACUGAGGUUCGCAUUGAGAAUUUGCCCAAAAUAGGCCGUCUGUUUUUGAAAUGUUCAAUGUUACCUGGUGUCAAUUUUGCCCCAGCUAACACACCUGACUCCAAUAAUCACCAAAUUUAUUUGAUUUAACUAGGCAAGUCAGUUAAGAACAAAUUCUUAUGUACA